UAUGAUGGCAUGUGUAGCAGCUAAUGUUGUUGGAAUGAAACGAACAGGUAUGACUACAGUUUUAGCUGAUGAAGCAGCAGAACAAUCAUCUGAACCUUUUGAUCGUGUAGGAGUUACAAAUAUAAAAGUUUCAGUUGAUGGAACAUGGCUAACUCGUCGUGGUCAUUCUAGUUUACAAGGAAUAGCAACUGUUUGCUCAACAUCAGAUCCUCCAAAAGUAUUAGACUUUGAAUGUCUAAGUCGACACUGUACCACGUGCUCUGGCUUAUUAGAAAUUAGAGAACACAAUCCUGAAAUGUAUGAACAACUUCUAGAAGAACAUAUACAGAGUGGUUGUGAAGCAAAUCAUAGAGGUUCAUCAGGUGGAAUGGAGGCUGCAGGGAUUGUGGAAGUUUUUCGUCGAUCAGAAGUUAAACAUCUUUUACGAUACACAACAUACAUCGGCGACGGUACUGCUAAUAAUGAACGUGCACUUCGUGAUGCUCAACCAUAUCAAGAUAUUACUAUUAAACGUCUUCAAUGUAUUAAUCAUUUUUCGAAACGAAUGCGCACUGCUCUAGAAACACUCAAGAAAAAAUAUAAAGGUGAUACAUUAGAAGACCAUAAACCAAUUGGAGGUCGAAGUGGACGUUUAACUGAUGAUAAAAUUCAUCAAUUAACUGUUUAUUAUGGUUCUGCUAUUAGGUCUCAUGUGAAUGAUUUAGAAUCAAUGAAAGCUGCUUGUUGGGCUACAUUCCACCAUUACAAUUCUACACGCGAAAAUCCUAAUCAUGAUUACUGUGACCCUACAAAGUGUCAUAUAUACAGAUACAAAUCAUUUGAUACUAGCAAACAUACUAUGGCACCUGCAGUAAUGAAGGCCAUUCGACCUGUUUAUGAAAAGAUGUGCUCUGAUAAUACAUUAUCUAAAGUGGUUGAUGGAGGGACAACCAAUCCAAAUGAAUCUUAUCACAGUUGUAUUUGGUCCUUGUGUCCUAAAACACAAUUUCACUCCGCAAAAUAUGUUCAAGCUGCAGCAUCUUUAGCAGCUCUAAUUUACAACGAUGGUUAUCAAUUAUCAAUUAUGGAACUGCUUGAAAAAUGUGGCAUUAAAAGUAAAACUCCUGCAUGA